AUGGACGCUUUAAAGAAACUAGACAAGUGGAUAGCUGUCGAGGAUACCUCCACAGAAAGAGGUGAAGACCAAAUUAGAAGUAAUGAGGAUUUGGAUCCUACUCCCUCUGACCGAAGAACCUGGAAAAUGUACAACUACAUUUUGAUCUGGGCACAAUCUGCAUUCAACGUUAAUGAAUGGAAUACUGGUGCUAGUUUGAUGAAAGCUUCGGGUCUUCCAUAUGGUCAGACCAUUGGAAGUGCCAUUUUCUCCAUUUUUGUUGCCGUUAUCUUUACUAUUGCCAAUGCCAGAGCUGGCUCUACAUAUCACAUUGGCUACCCUACCCUCGCUAGAGCAACAUUCGGAGUUUAUGGUGCUUACUUUUUCGUAGCUGCUAGAGGUUUUGUGGCCAUUAUUUGGUUCAGUGUUCAAUCAUACUAUGGCUCCAUGUGUUUGGAUGUUGCUUUGAGAUGUAUGUUUGGACACAAAUGGCUUGAUUUGAAAAACCACUUGCCUGCUAGUGCUGAUGUGCAAUCCAGGAUUUUACUUGCUUUCUUCUUGUUUUGGUUGAUUCAAUUCCCUUUGAUGUUUGUACAUCCAAGACAGAUCAGACAUUUUUUCACUGUAAAAUCUUUUGUUUUGCCUUGUGCAACCAUUGGUUUGCUAAUAUUCUGUGUCAAGAAGGGUCAUGGUCCCGGUAAUUACGACUUGGGCUUACCUAUUAGCACUUCCUCUUCUGCUAUUGGUUGGGGAUGGAUGUCCGUCAUGAACUCUAUUUUCGGUACAAUUUCCCCCAUGAUAAUCAACCAGCCUGAUAUUGCCAGAUAUGCAAAAAAACCAAGUGACACCAUUUUGCCUCAAGCUAUUGGAUUUGUACUUGCUAAAAUCAUGAUCAUGGUUGUUGGCAUGGUUGCUACAGCUUCUAUCUACAGGUCUUAUGGAGAGGUUUACUGGAACAUGUGGGACUUGAUGAACGCUAUCCUUGAUCAUUCUUGGAACGCCGGGGCCAGAACAGGUGUCUUCUUUGUGGCAGUUUCUUUUGGAAUUGGUACUGCUGGAACUAAUAUCUUUGGUAACUCUAUCCCAUUUGCUUGCGAUAUCACCGGUUUAUUACCAAAGUACUUCACUAUUUUAAGAGGACAGAUAGUAGUUGCCAUUCUAGCAUGGGCCAUCGUUCCAUGGAAGUUCUUAACUGAUGCUGCAAAGUUCUUAACUUUCUUGGGAAGUUACUCUAUCUUUGUUGGACCCAUCCUUGGUUGUAUGUUGGCUGAUUACUACUUUGUUAAGAGAGGUAACAUCCAUGUACCUUCUUUGUUUACAAAGAAAAGUUCAGGGGUAUACCAUUAUGUCUACGGAUGGAACCUUUGGGCUUGUUUUGCUUGGGCUGGAGCUGCCAGUAUUUGUAUUCCUGGUUUGUACAGAGCUUAUUAUCCAGAAUCUCUUAGCAUUAGUGCUACUAGAAUGUACCAAAUGGGAUACAUUCUAACGACUAUUAGUAGUAUGGUCUUCUACUACUGCUUGAGUUUGAUCUUCAAACCACAAAUUUAUCCAGAAGCUCACAGGGAUACUCCAAAGACAUGGGAAUACAUGAGAACCACCGAUGGAUUCUUUGAAGAUGACUCUCCAAUAGGCAAGGUUGGCUACUUUGGUUCUGUCGAUGUUUUCACAGGUGAGAAAGUUGACACAUCUGAAGGUUCUAGUGUCAAAACUAAGAGCGAGAAGAUAUUGGAAACUGUCUCUAUUGUUUAA